AUUAACACCAUGUUAGCACGUCUUCUCUUGCGGAGGACUACUGGUCUAUCCUGGAGGUUGAACCCCCCAGCUAGACUUGUUGGCCAGCAGCAUAGAACGUUUUCCUCGAUCAAUAACCAUUUGGCAUUCAGAAACUCCACUGUGUUGAAGAACCAGAAGAAAGACGACAGUGAAGUGAACGACGAUAAAAAGAAGGCAGAGAAGCCCACAAAGCCGGAAGAGUCCACCGAAGUCGACCCAGAUACCCAAAAGAAGGACAAAAAGAAGGAUAUGGGCGACGAAGAGAAGGACAUACGUGAAGAAAUCAAGAAGCGAUUACAGAAGAAGAAUCCCAACAUCAACCUCAACAACAUAAAGGUGUAUCAGUUCGACCAGAAGUCGAUUGCCCGCUUCUUCAUCGGAACAUCCGUGUUGACCAUCCUCUUGACUAUGUACAUGUUGACCAAAAAUAAGGAAAAGAAUGAAUUGUCAUUCCAGGACUUCAAGAUCAAUUACCUUGAAAAGGGUCUCGUCACCCGCUUGACAGUCAUCAACAAGUUUGCUGUGCAAGCUGAAUUGAUCCGGGGCGCAGUUUCGGACCAAACAUUCCAAACUGCAGGCGGUACUCCAGCCGUCGUCUUCACCAUUGGCUCAGUCGAAUUUUUCGAAGAGGAAAUGAAGUUGAGUCAGGACAAGUUGGGAAUUCCAAUUGAAGAAAGAUUGCCCAUUUCGUACGAAGAGAGAGGCUCUUGGUUGAAUUACAUCAUCCCCAUUUUGCCUACUGUUUUAUUGAUUGGUGGUUUAUGGUAUAUGACCAUGCGUAGAGCAGGACAGGCUGGUGGCGGUGCCGGAGGUGCUGGUGGGCCUGGAGGUAUCUUCAAAAUUGGUAAGUCCAAGGCCAAGUUAUUCAACCAGGAAACCGAAGUCAAAAUCAAAUUCAAGGACGUUGCUGGAUGUGAAGAGUCUAAGGAAGAAAUCAUGGAAUUCGUGAAGUUCUUACAGGACCCAAAGAAGUACGAAAAAUUGGGAGCAAAGAUCCCUAGAGGAGCUAUCUUAUCUGGCCCUCCAGGUACUGGUAAAACUUUGUUGGCUAAGGCAACUGCCGGUGAAGCUGGUGUUCCAUUCUUGUCUGUUUCUGGUUCCGAAUUCGUGGAAAUGUUUGUUGGUGUUGGUGCCUCUAGAGUUCGUGACUUGUUCAAGACUGCCCGUGAAAUGGCCCCAGCCAUCAUUUUCGUUGAUGAAAUCGAUGCCAUUGGUAAGGAAAGAGGAAACGGAAAAAUGGGUGGUAACGAUGAAAGAGAAAACACCUUGAACCAAUUGUUGGUGGAAAUGGAUGGGUUUGAAGGCUCUGACCACGUUGUGGUCUUGGCUGGUACCAACCGUCCAGAUAUUUUAGAUAAGGCAUUAUUGAGACCUGGAAGAUUCGACAGACACAUUUCUAUUGACACUCCCGAUGUCGAGGGCCGGAAACAGAUUUUCAAGGUCCACUUGUCCAAGUUAACUUUGACAGCCGAUGAGGAGAUCAAGGCUAGUCAAAAGGAUCUUGAUUUCAGCAAGUAUCAAGAAUUGAAAGCAGAAGCCAUUGAGAACCUUGCAGGAAGAUUGAGUGCUUUGACUCCCGGUUUCGCUGGUGCAGACAUUGCUAACUGUUGUAAUGAAGGUGCCUUGAUCGCAGCCAGAGAGGAUGCCACCUCGGUGGACAUCUACCAUUUCGAACAAGCUAUCGAGAGAGUUGUUGCUGGUUUGGAAAAGAAGUCUAGAAUCUUGAGUCCUGAAGAGAAGAAAACCGUGGCCUACCACGAGGCUGGACAUGCUAUCUGUGGCUGGUUUUUGGAGUUUGCCGAUCCUUUGGUCAAGGUCUCCAUUAUUCCAAGAGGUCAAGGAGCUUUGGGCUAUGCCCAGUACUUGCCUAAGGACCAAUAUUUGGUUUCCCAGGAACAAUUUAGACAUAGAAUGAUCAUGACAUUGGGAGGCAGAGUCAGUGAAGAACUUCAUUUCGACACUGUGACCAGUGGUGCAUCAGAUGAUUUCAAGAAGAUCACCCAGAUGGCCCAACAGAUGGUGUUAAAAUUGGGAAUGUCUGAUAAGGUUGGACACAUCUAUUACGAUAGUGGAGAUGAUGGUAGCGGGUUCAAAGUUCACAACAACUACUCUCAAACCACCGCCAAAUUGAUUGACGACGAAGUCAAGAGACUCAUUGAUGAUGCUUACGAUGCCUGUCACACCCUCUUGACUGAAAAGCUUGAAUUGGUCGACAAGGUUGCCGAGGAGUUGUUCAAGAAGGAAGUGUUGACUAGAGAAGACAUGAUCAGAUUGGUGGGUCCAAGACCAUUCCCUGAACGUAACGACGCAUUUGACAAGUAUAUCAAGGGCAAGGAUGCUUUCAAGGGAAAGCCAAAGGACUAGGUGCACGGCCAUAAGAGACCGAUGCUCAUAAAGGGAGUCUCUAGUGCUCCUUGCAAGAAACUGUACAUAGUAAUCAUGUAAUGCAUGGAAUAACGAGCUGA